AUGGUGCACCAACACAGCCACACAAGUCGCUAUAACCGGCUCGUUGCUGUAGCUGCUGCUUUUGGCUCUUUGACAUACGGAUACUUGGCCUCUAUCAUUGGCAGUACUAUCGGUCAGCCGGGUUGGUACGCGUUCUUCAACCUGCCCACCACAGGACAGCCUGGCUACGCUACCACAACAACAAAUGCUAUCGCCACUGCCAAUGGCCUUUUCAGUGGAGGAGCGGCUUUAGGCUGCAUUUGGAUUAUGUGGGCAGCUACAUCUCUAGGCCGUAAGCGCAAUAUCCAGAUCGGCGCACUUGUCUCCCUGCUUGGUGGUGCUCUUCAGGGAGGCGCAGCCAAUCUCGCCAUGUUCCAAGCUGGUCGGUUCAUCGCCGGUCUCGGGGUUGGCGUCCUGGUGACUAUCUGUCCCAUGUAUCUGUCAGAGAUAGCGUGGUGGCCCACGAGCCAUCCACGUCGUUCAGGUGGAGACAGGCCUGGCAGGCCGAUGAUUGGCACCAUACAGCCUCCUACUUCGGGAGAUCUUCCGAGUGCUGAAGCGGUGGACCUCGAUAAGCCGCAGGACUAUUUAGUCCUGAAUAGGGUCCGACGGACCGCCCCUCUAGCGCGCGGAGUCGUCAUCCCCGACUCGCCAAGAUGGCUUUUGCAGAAAGGUAGGACUGAGGAAGCAUGGGAAACGCUCAAGAGACUUCGAGAGACACCAGAUGAUCCAGAUAACUUGGUUGCGAAGGAGGAGCUAUACCAGACAAAACAACAGCUUGCUUUGGACACUGCGAAGCUGAAGAAGCUCAACAUCACCCCAUUAGGAGCCGUAUUCAAGAUUAAAAGCUAUCGCAAGCGCAUGAUCAUCGGCUUUCUUACUCAAUGGGGUGCUGAAUUUGGAGGGCCUCUUGUUAUUAAUAAUUACUCUGUUAUUCUCUACACGAAUCUUGGACAAACAGGCUCUAUGCCUUUACUUUUGUCCGCCCUCUGGCUGAGUACAGCUACUCUUAUUUAUGCUCCUUUCGGAUCCUGGCUUCACGACCGCGUUAACUCCCGACGAUGGAUGUUUAUCAUCGGACUUAUUGGAUGCCUUAUCACCACAAGUGCAGUGGCUGGCUGUAUUGCCCAAUAUUCUGGCACAGGCAACAAGGCUGGCAACGCUGUUGGUGUCUUUUUCGUCUUUUUUUACCUCACUUUUCAAGGUACUUGCUGUGAUACUACGAUGUAUCUUUACGUGUCCGAGAUCUUUCCGACCGAAGUGCGGCCUAUCGGCAUGGGCUUUUCACUCUUUGGUCAAUUUGCUGCCACGCUUAUUCUGCUGCAGACAGCACCAAUCGGCUUUGUCACUAUCGGAUGGAAGUAUUACCUUGUUAUAAUCUGUUGGUGCAUUGUCUUCAUUCCAGCUGUGUAUUUAUACUGGCCGGAAACUGCUCGACUUUCUCUCGAAGAAAUAUCGUCUAAAUUCGGCGACGACGUUGCUGUUCACAUCAACGAUGUGUCAGAGGAGCAGCGGAAAGAGCUCGAUGACUUUCUUCAGUCAACCGAUAUCAUUCAUCUUGAGGCUGUUAACUCUGCUCCGGCACAAGAGAAGAUGUCCGCAACCCCUGAGAUAGUGUAGAUAGAACAUGUAUUCGAUCGGUGCUAUUUGUACAUGACUUCUAAGCGGUGAGUCGUACGAUAGAAAACAAUUUUCAUACAGGCAGGCAGGGUUAAUGCAAAUUGUUUGGAAAAGACAUCGGGGCUGGAAGGGUGCGGAAAUGUUAUGAUGACGAUUCAACUCACUCAGGAAGGCAGCUUUGAGCUGAACCUAGACUUAGUGGCAUGGUAACCAUAAUCGCACAUGCUCGCUGCCUUUGUGCACAGAGAUAGUGCCC